AUGUGGCUUGACCUGUACAUUGAAAUGGUGAAAAAUGACAUAGUUAACUGUUUGAAAAAGGUGGGGAAGAUGAAUGUUACUGCUGAAGAACAGAAAGCUUUUCAAUCCCUGUUACACAAUAAUGAUAUUGUUAUAAGGCCUGCUGACAAAGGAUCUGGUAUUGUUGUUCUAGACAAAACAAGUUAUCUAAAUAGUCUACAGAAAGAAAUGGAGGAGAGUGAUUCAUACGCAGAGUCCGAGAAUGAUCUAACGCAGACAUCUAUGAAAGAAGUAAAGAAAUUAGUAAAUAGUAUGAGUAGAAAUGGAUCAAUCCCAAAAGACAUGAAACAGUACUUAUUGCCUAAAUAUCCAAAGGCUGGUUCUCUAAAAGGUAAUCCGAAACUUCAUAAAAAGAGUGUGCCAAUGAGGUCAAUUGUAAAUGGAAUGAACACACCAACUGAAAGAUUGGCAGAGCUUGCAGAACAUGAACUGAAUGAAUUUGUAACCUCAUCACCAAGUUACAUCCGGGACACUACUGACUUUAUAAACAAACUGAAAGACAUUCAGACACCACUUCCUGAAGGUACAUUGCUAUUCUGCUUUGAUGUCUGUAAAUUAUAUCCAUCUGUUCCCAAGAAAGAAGGUAUUGAUGCAUGUAGGAUAGGUCUCAACAAAAGAUCAAACAUGCUUGUCCCAACUGAAGAUGUGGUAAAAAUGAUAGAAGUCGUCCUCAACAACAAUAAUUUCAACCUUGGUGGUAAACACUAUAUACAGAAAAAAGGUAUUGCUAUUGGAUCCAAGUUAGGAAAAAAUUUUGCAUGUUCAUACAUGAGAAUCUGGGAUGAGAAACUUAUGAACUUUCACCAGCAACCCCUUUUCUACAAGAGAUUUAUAGACGAUGGAUUUGGUUUAUGGACUGGCGGAGAGGAAAGUCUGAGAAAUUUUGCGAGGCAUGCAAAUAGUAUACACAAAGAUAUUCAAGUUGAACUGAGAUAUAGCCCAGCUAAAAUAGAAUUUCUAGAUACAUGGGUAAUACUUGAGAAUGGAAAAGUUUACACCAGCCUGUAUAAGAAGCCCACUGAUAAACAAUUAUAUUUGCACAAAAGCUCCAAUCACCCACCAAAUACAAAAUCAGGGUUGGCGUAUGGCUUAGGUCUUAGGCUUAAGAGAAUCUGUGAAAAAGAGCAAGAUUACCAGAAACACAGAACUGAACUUAAACAACAACUUCGCAGAAGAGGAUAUAGUGGAAAAGAAGUAGAACGGCAACUGACAAAAGUAGAUACUUUAGACAGAGAAGACCUAUUACAAAAGCAGACUAAAAAAGGAAAAGACAAACGUGUACCACUAGUAUUAACAUAUACCAAGCAGCUCCCUAAUAUCCACUCAAUUGUUAGGAAACAUAUGAACAUUUUAUAUAGAUCUGAGAAGAUGAUGGAAGUGUUCCAAUCUCCACCCAUUAUUGCCUACAGAAGAGACAAAAAUAUAUGUGACAUCCUAGUGCACGGGAAAACAAACAAGGCUUUAAAGCAGUCAGUUAACCUAUGUAAAUGUAGAAUAUGUUUGUCUCUCCACAUGGGAGAAGUCUGGUCCACUGACAAAAACAGCAGCUACAAUACAGCCUCAGUUCCAAAAUGUACUGACAGAAACUUAAUAUAUGCUCUGGUCUGCUCACGGUGUGACAUGACAGUUUAUGUAGGAGAGACAGAAAGAUCCCUGAAAGAACGCACAGAAGAACAUCUUAGAGAUGUCCGUCAACAAGCAGAUAAACCAAUUAUGAGGCAUUUCGGGGGUCAUACAGCAGAAGAUGUAAAGGUUGCAGUACUUCAAAAGGUGUUUAACGAAGGACGCAUUUACAGACAGAUGGUAGAAGAGGAAUGGAUAAAGAGGCUAGGCACGAAGACACCCCAGGGAUGUAACGUAAAACUUAAUAUUUAA